AUGGCGGCCCGUGCUUCCAGGCCGCUCUGGUGCGCGGUAGCAGCGGCCACCGCGGGUUCGGCGGCAGCGGCGGCCGCUGGGAUGGCCCUGCUCGGGAUGCUGGAGGGCGCCGCGGAGGCGGUGGGCGGCGGGCGACUGUCGGCAGUGCUGGCCGCUUUCGUGUGCACACUCAGUCUGGCCUACCUGCUGCGCCGCGGCCUGGGUCUCCUGCAGGGUCCGGAGCAGCUGCCCAGAGAAGCGAAAUGCCCACCCUACAUCUUCUCUCCUAUUCCUUUCCUUGGUCAUGCAAUAGCAUUUGGAAAAAGUCCUAUUGAAUUUCUAGAAAAUGCAUAUGAGAAGUAUGGACCUGUAUUUAGUUUUACAAUGGUGGGCAAGAAGUUUACAUACCUCCUUGGCAGUGAAGCAGCUGCUCUGCUCUUCAACAGCAAGAAUGAAGAUUUGAAUGCAGAAGAUGUUUAUGGCCGGCUCACGACACCAGUCUUCGGAAAGGGAGUUGCUUAUGAUGUGCCCAAUCCAGUAUUCUUGGAACAAAAGAAAAUGUUAAAAACUGGCCUUAAUAUAGCCCAAUUUAAACAACAUGUUUCCAUAAUUGAAAAAGAAACAAAGGAGUACUUUGAAAGCUGGGGAGAAAGUGGAGAAAAAAACUUAUUUGAAGCCCUUUCUGAGCUAAUCAUUCUCACGGCUAGCCACUGUUUACAUGGAAAAGAAAUCAGAAGCCAGCUGAAUGAAAAAGUGGCCCAGCUCUACGCAGAUCUAGAUGGAGGCUUCACCCAUGCUGCUUGGCUCCUGCCAGGUUGGCUGCCUUUGCCCAGUUUCAGGCGCCGGGAUCGAGCACAUCAAGCAAUCAAAAGCAUUUUCCAUAAGGCAAUCCAGAAACGUAGGGAGUCAAAAGAAAAAUAUGAUGAUUUCCUCCAAACUUUACUAGAUUCUACUUACAAGGAUGGGCGUUCUCUGACAGAUGAUGAAAUUUCAGGGCUGCUUAUUGGACUUCUGUUAGCAGGGCAGCACACGUCAUCCACCACGAGUGCUUGGAUGGGCUUCUUUUUGGCCAGAGACAAAACACUUCAGGAAAAAUGUUACUUAGAACAGCGGAAUGUCUGUGGAGAAGAUUUGCCUCCUUUACACUAUGAUCAGCUCAAAGAUCUCCAUAUGUUAGAUCGCUGUUUAAAAGAAACAUUAAGACUUAGACCUCCUAUAAUGACUAUGAUGAGAUUGGCCAAAACUCCCCAGAGCGUAGCCGGCUACACUAUUCCUCCGGGCCAUCAGGUGUGCGUGUCUCCCACCGUUAACCAUAGACUGAAAGACUCUUGGAUAGAACGCUUGGACUUCAAUCCUGACCGAUACUUGCAGGAUAAUCCCGCGUCCGGUGAGAAGUUUGCUUACGUGCCCUUCGGAGCUGGUCGGCAUCGUUGUAUUGGUGAGAACUUUGCAUACGUUCAGAUUAAGACAAUUUGGUCCACCCUGCUCCGUUUAUACGAAUUUGAUCUUGUUAAUGGAUAUUUUCCUACAGUGAAUUACACAACCAUGAUUCACACGCCACAUAACCCAAUAAUCCGAUACAAACGAAGAACGAUAUGAAAAAAGACAGGAAAAACACGCUUGUGAUAUUGUGAGCUUUAAAGCAUUUGCACUGAAUGAAGUUUGCAGAAUGACAUUAAAAUGUACUGGUUUUUUGGGUGUGCAAUUCUAAAAGAAA